AUGGCGAGGUCGGAAGGCCUGUGCGAGCUGCCGCGCGCUUCCCUCCCCGCGCCCUGCGUCCUCAGACCGGCGGCGCGACUUGGGGGGCGGCUGUUCCACCCUGGCCACCCGCGGACACAUCGUGGACCCAGGGACCCGGGGUGGCUGGGAGGCAUGCGGCGGCGCGGGGAGCGCGGGGAGCACGCGCUGGGCUGCUGCGGCCUCUGCACCUGCCCCAGGGCAGCCGGAGAUGAAAUCAUGCACCAGGACAUCACCCCGCUCUGUGCUGCUGACAUCCAAGACCAGCUGAAGAAGCGCUUUGCUUAUCUGUCCGGUGGGCGCGGGCAGGACGGCAGCCCGGUCAUCACCUUCCCAGACUACCCGGCCUUCAGCGACGUCCCCGACAAGGAGUUCCAGAAUGUCAUGACCUACCUCACCAGCAUCCCCAGCUUGCAAGAUGCUGGCAUUGGGUUCAUCCUGGUCAUAGACAGAAGGCAGGACAAAUGGACGUCGGUGAAGGCAUCGGUCCUGCGAAUAGCCGCGUCCUUCCCGGCAAACCUCCAGCUCGUCCUUGUCCUGCGCCCAGCGGGGUUUUUCCAAAGGACCCUCUCUGACCUCGCUUUCAAAUUCAACAGAGAUGACUUUAAGAUGAAGGUGCCGGUCAUAAUGCUGAGCUCAGUGCCAGAGUUACACGGUUACAUCGACAAGUCCCAACUGACUGAGGACCUGGGCGGGACCCUGGACUACUGCCACACGAGGUGGCUGUGUCACCGCACGGCGAUUGAAAGCUUCGCCCUCAUGGUUAAGCAGACUGCUCAGAUGCUGCAGUCCUUCGGGACCGAGCUGGCCGAAACGGAGCUGCCCAAUGACGUCCAGUCGACAAGCUCGGUGCUCUGUGCUCACACGGAGAAGAAGGACAAAGCGAAGGAGGACAUGAGGGCGGCCCUGGACGAGGGACAGAGCCUCCUGCAAAGCGUCAGAGAGCCCCUGGCCAAGGGCGGGGGGCGGAGCCUGAGCCAGGACCAGCUGGACAAUCAGACCACCGUGCAGAGGCUCCUGGCCCAGCUGAACGAGACCGAGGCCGCCUUCGAUGAGUUCUGGGCAAAGCACCAGCAAAAGCUCCAGCAGUGUCUGCAGCUCCGGCACUUUGAGCAGGACUUCCGAGAGGUCAAAGCCUCCUUAGACGCACUGGCCCAGAAGAUAGCGACCUUCACGGAUGUGGGCAACAGCCUGGCACAUGCAGGGCAUCUCCUGAAGGACCUCACCAGCUUCGAGGAGAAGUCCAGCGUGUCUGUAGAGCGGGCCCUCGCACUGGCCCUGGAAGGUGAGAAGCUCAUUGACAGCAGGCACUAUGCUGUGGACUCCAUCCGCCCCAAAUGCCAUGAGCUCCAGCACCUGUGCAACCAGUUCGCGGCAGAGGUCGAGAGGAGGAGGGGGCUGCUCAGCAAGUCCCUGGAGCUGCACAGCCUCCUGGAGGCGUCCAUGAAGUGGUGUGAUGAGGGAAUCUACCUGCUGGCCUCACAGCCUGUGGACAAGUGUCAGUCCCAGGAGGGUGCUGAGGCGGCCCUCCAGGAAAUUGAGAAGUUUCUGGAGACUGGCGCAGAAAACAAGAUCCAGGAGCUCGACAGAAUCUACCAGGACUAUGAACCCGUCCUCACCACAGACCUGAUGGAGCACGUGCAGAAGGUCUACCAGAAGCAGGAGGGCACGGAGGAGAUGUUCCACCGGAGACAGGCCAGCCUGAAGAAGCUGGCGGCCAAGCAGACACGGCCCGUGCAGCCGGUGGCCCCCCGGCCAGAGGCACUCACAAAGUCACCCUGCCCCUCCCCAGGCAGCCGGAGAGGCUCUGAGAACAGUCCUGAGGGCAGCAUGCUCCGGAGAGGGCCCUACAGGAGGGCCAAGAGCGAAGUGACUGAGAGCCGGCAGGGCCGCGGCAGCUCCACAGGCGACGAGGAGGAGAGCCUGGCCAUCUUGAGGAGGCAUGUGAUGAAUGAGCUCUUGGACACGGAACGGGUGUAUGUGGAAGAGCUGCUCUGUGUCCUGGAGGGCUAUGCCGCCGAGCUGGACAACCCGCUGAUGGCGCACCUCGUCUCACCCGGCCUCCAAAACAAGAAGGACAUUUUGUUUGGAAACAUGGAAGAGAUUUACCACUUUCACAACAGAAUAUUCCUGAGGGAGCUAGAAAACUACACUGACUGCCCAGAGCUGGUUGGAAGGUGUUUUCUGGAACGGAUGGAAGAGUUCCAGAUCUACGAGAAGUAUUGCCAGAACAAGCCUCGCUCUGAGAGCCUGUGGAGACAGUGCUCCGACUGCCCGUUUUUCCAGGAAUGCCAGAGGAAGCUGGACCACAAGCUGAGUCUCGACUCCUACCUGCUGAAGCCAGUGCAGAGAAUCACCAAGUACCAGCUGCUGCUCAAGGAGAUGCUCAAAUACAGCAAGAGCUGCGAGGGGGCUGAGGACCUGCAGGAGGCACUGAGCUCCAUCCUGGGCAUCCUCAAGGCCGUGAACGACUCCAUGCACCUGAUCGCCAUCACCGGCUAUGACGGGAACCUGAGUGACCUGGGGAGGCUGCUGAUGCAAGGCUCCUUCAGCGUGUGGACAGACCACAAGAAGGGCCACACGAAGGUGAAGGACCUGGCCAGGUUCAAGCCCAUGCAGCGGCACCUCUUCCUGCAUGAGAAGGCCGUGCUCUUCUGCAAGAAGAGGGAGGAAAACGGGGAGGGCUACGAGAAGGCCCCUUCCUACAGCUACAAGCAGUCCCUGAACAUGGCGGCAGUGGGCAUAACCGAGAAUGUGAAGGGCGACGUGAGAAAGUUCGAGAUCUGGUACAACGCCCGGGAGGAGGUGUACAUCAUACAGGCACCGACGGCGGAGAUUAAAGCAGCCUGGGUGAGUGAGAUCCGCAAGGUGCUGACCAGCCAGCUGCAGGCUUGCAGAGAAGCCAGCCAGCACCGAGCACUGGAACAGUCCCAGAGCCUUCCUCUGCCCACGCCGCCCAGCACCAGUCCCUCGAAAGGGAACACAAGAAACAUCAAAAAGCUGGAGGAAAGAAAAACCGACCCCCUAAGCCUGGAAGGAUACGUGAGCUCCACGCCGUUGCCGAAGCCCCCCGAGAAGGGCAGAGCUUCUCCUACCAGUCCUGGCAAAAAAGCUAAGCGACAUGAAGUAAAGAGCGAUCCAACGCCUUUUGGUUUACGAGGUUGGAGCAAAACGUCUCACCCCUCAGAGGCCCCUGAGGACGACGGCUGGUCGAGUGCUGAGGAGCUGAUCAAUUCCUCGGAUGCGGAGGAGGAGGGCAGAGUGGGCCCCAGGAAGCUGGUUCCAGGGAAGUACACGGUUGUGCUGGGCGAUGAGAAGGAAAGCCCUGAAGCGCUUGCCGUGAGAAGCGGCGAUGUGGUGGAGGUGGUCCAGGAGGGUGACGAGGGCCUUUGGUAUGUCAGGAACCUGACCUCCAGCAAGGAGAGCUGGGUGCCGGCCAGCAGCCUCUCCACGCUCCUCGGCACGUCGGGCUCGGCUCAGUGCCUGAGCAGCUCAGAGUCCAGUGCAGGCUCCGCCCUGCUGAGCGCCUCGUCCAGCUGCAGCGAGAGCUGCGGGGCCCCCCUCUCAGACCUGCAGGGGUAG